UGUUCAGUGCUUGUUGAAGCCGUUGACUAUCUUUGGAAAAUCUUGAAUGCUUCAACAAUCUAAUGGAUAUGCAACUAUAACAAUCAUCUCCUGUUAUUACUGAGUGACCGUGUGUGUUUACCUGAAUGUGUUACCAUGGUGACCACUCACACACACAUCACCCUGUCACUCCUGCUGUUCCACAUUCUCCCGGCCAAAACGACUCAGGUUGAUGACCUCAUCGAUGAUGUCAUUGUCUCCACGGACCGUGGCAGAGUCCGGGGCACUCGGCUUCCCGUGCCAGGUGGUGGAUAUGUCAGGGCAUUCCUGGGAAUUCCCUAUGGGAACCCCCCUGUUGGGGAACUGCGUUUUCGUCCUCCUCAGCCUGCAGAUGGGUGGACAGGGGUACUACACGCCACACGCUACCCCAACUCCUGCCUCCAACCCCAGGAUACAUUAUUUCCUGGGUUCCGUGGAGCUGAGAUGUGGAACCCCAACACCAAGAUGAGUGAAGACUGUCUCUACCUCAACAUAUGGACUCCUCCCCCUUUGUUUAAGACACACCCUAAACGUUCCAAGAGCUCCUCCCCUGGUUCCUCAUUAGCUCCUGUCAUGGUGUGGAUAUACGGAGGCGGGUUCACUACAGGCACCGCCUCCCUAGACCUGUAUGACGGACAAUUCCUUAGCCAAUCAGAAGGCGUCGUGGUGGUGUCUAUGAACUACAGGCUCGGUCCAUUGGGUUUCCUGUCUCUUCCUGAGAGCGAAGGUGUCCGUGGUAACGCUGGAAUGCUGGACCAGCGCUUGGCUCUGUACUGGGUAGCCAAUAACAUUGCUGCCUUCGGCGGAGACCCUUCAAAGGUGACGUUGUUUGGGGAAAGUGCUGGCUCUGCAUCUGUGGGUCUCCAUCUCCUCUCCCCUGGCAGCCAUGGUCUGUUCAACAGGGCAAUACUACAGAGUGGUUCCCCUAACACUCCAUGGGCUGUCAUGACUCAACAGCAGGCCUGGAACAGGUCCCUGUCCCUGGGUAGGCUGUUGGGUUGUCCCCUGGCACCUCUGGCUGUCCUGGAGCAGUGUCUACAGAGAGCCCAUCCAGAGGAUAUCAUCAAGCAGCAGUACAACGUCCUCUCUCUCCCCACAAUCCUAGUAUUACCAUUCACCCCCUCUGUCGACCAAAACUUCCUACCAGACAUGCCAGAGGUUCUGCUCCGGACGGGACACUUCCUGAAGACAGAUGUGCUGAUUGGUUUGAACCAAGAUGAGGGGACCUACUUCCUGGUUUACGGGGCGCCAGGAUAUGACAUCACUAGCCAGAGCCUGAUCAGCAGGGAGAACUUCCUAAAAGGGGUGGACCUAGUGUUGCCGGGAUUCAGUGAUGUCACGAGGGAGACAGCCAUCUUCCAGUACACUGAUUGGACGGAUGAGAAUAGUGGGAUGAAGAAUCGUGAUUUGCUUGGGCGAAUGUUGGGAGACCAUGAUUUUAACUGCCCUGUGCUGGAGUUUGCCCAGAGGUACACAGAACAUGGGGGUAAGGCCCGCCUCUUCCUGUUCGAUCACCACUCCUCCACCAAUCCCUGGCCAGCAUGGAUGGGCGUGAUGCAUGGCUAUGAGAUUGAGUUUGUCUUUGGAAUUCCGCUGAACAGAACCCUGGGAUACCUGGAGGAGGAAGUGGUCAUGAGCAGGAGGAUGAUGAAGUACUGGGCCAACAUGGCUAGGACCGGGAACCCAAGCAUAGAGGAAGGGGAUUGGCCACUUUUCACCGUGGACCAACAGGAAUACAUCACCCUAAACUCAUCCCCUCCACACACACAAAAGAGGCUUGCAGCUCAUCAAUGCCAGUUCUGGAACAACUUCCUCCCCAAACUGCAGGACGUCACUGUGAAUGUAGAUGAGUUAGAACAGCAGUGGAGGAAUCACUUCCAUCGUUGGAUGUCGUACAUGUUGGAGUGGAAGAAUUACUACUCUGACCACAGCCUGAGCAGCCCAGAGGGUCAGAAGCAGCAGGACUGUGACCAGAGGCCCUUGGAGCCCUAGACCUUUGACUGAACCCCUCAACUCAACAAGACUAACUUAAAAAUUAUACUUUGCUUUUCAACGAGACAAUACAUUUUGUCGCGCAAAGAAACGUUCACAACCAUAAUUUGGUUCUGAAUGUAAUGCCAGGCCUUUUCACUGAUCACUGCUAUAUCUGUUUGUACUUGUUCUUGUCCUUUCAAUUGAACAUGUGUCUUGCUUUGUGUAUGUGACGAUGUUAUGUUUCUGUGUGUUUGGUGGGGUAAAGUAAUGGCUGACAUGUUUCUGUGUGUUUGGUGGGCUAAAGUAACAUGAGAGAUGAUUCUGUGUGCAGGAGAGAUGAUUGGUGGGAUAAAGUAACAGGAGAGAUGAUUGGUGGGGUAAAGUAACAGGAGAGAUGAUUGGUGGGGUAAAGUAACAGGAGAGAUGUUUGGUGGGGUAAAGUAACAGGAGAGAUGAUUGGUGGGGUAAAGUAACAGGAGAGAUGAUUGGUGGGGUAAAGUAACAGGAGAGAUGAUUGGUCGGGUAAAGUAACAGGAGAGAUGAUUGGUCGGGUAAAGUAACAGGAGAGAUGAUUGGUCGGGUAAAGUAACAGGAGAGUAAACAGUGUAACAAUUUUACUUGUUAUGUAUGUAUUGUUCUGUGACAGAUGAUCUGAGAUCCUUAAAUGCCAUAGCCUUUUAUUUGGGCCAUAACCAGUCAGAAUCGUUUCUCAAAAACCUGAACGUACGCACACACGCACACGCACGCACACACACACACACACACACACACACACACACACACACACACACACACACACACACACACACACACACACACACACACACACGCACACACGCACACACGCACGCACGCACGCACACACGCACGCACGCACACGCACACACGCACGUACACACACACACACACACACACACACACACACACACACACACACACACACACACACACACACACACACACACACACACACACACACACACACACACAGACUCGGUGUAAGAUGGCUGCCGGCUCCCACCUCAGUGUGUAGAGGGUGAAGAUAGGAAGACGAGCCCGUUGGCAUUACCCGUGUCAUCAGUGUGCCCUCAUUUAUGAAAACAUUUGUUAUUUUCCAAAGAGAGAGUACAUUGUCUGUCUGAUGGAAGUCAUGCCUUUUGGAUCCUUGCAUAGAGAGAGAGAGAGACUAUAAAUGAGUUGUCUGGGUGAUACAGAAGUAGAGUUUUUAAGUAUGUUUGUGUGAUGGCAAAUGAGCAGUGUAGGUGAUGGGCCUCUUAUUGGCUUGGUUUUGCUUUCUUCUUUAGUUUGAUUGCCUCUGAGGUGUAAAACUUGUGUAUAAUUCACUUUAAAUAAAGUUUGCAUUGAUUUGACCUGUUUAACGUU